AUGGCAGCAUGUAAACUGUUUUUAAUUCUGCUCUGCAAGCUCGCGGCUCAAGUCUUGGCCGAUUACGGUGACUUGCACGAGAUUUGGCACCACAUCGAGGUGCCUUACAGCGCCGAAGCAUCGGAGCUGAUCUCUCACUACUCGGGCCAAGCGUUCCCGUACGCCGACAGCGUGCAUCACGCCAGCAGCGAGCAUGUGCCCUACCAGGCCGGAAAGGCCUCGUUCCACAGCAAGUACUCGAAGAAGCCGUCGUCGCUGGCCUCGUCCUUUUACGAGCCGAGCAAGUUCAAGAAGAUAGCCGCCAAGGUCAAUCCGGUCCACUGCCAAGAGAUCGCGGCGAAGGAAACGAGCACGGGAGCAGCGGCGAGCGAUCUGCAUGCAGCCGGCCAAAUGAGCUGCUACCGAUGCAAGGAUCCUCAGACUGGCUCCAUCUACGAGAACUGCUCUUACAACUCGAACAAGCCGCGAAACGUGCGUUCGAACGUGGAAAAGCCGCCCUUCGAUCCUUUCAGCGACGAGUCCCGACUUCCGGAAUCGUUUCGUUUUACCGAACAAGAUUUCGACAAGGAGCAGCCAUCGGCCCAACAGACGGAAAAAUGCGAAAAAGUUUUACGGGAUUCCAUGCUUUGUUUGAUUUGCCAGGACCCGAGGACCAACGGCAAAUACGAGCAGUGCUCCUACGUGGCCAAUCCCAACGAGAAAGCCUACGCCUACAGUAAAUCCAGCUCGUUCGGAGGUCCUGGGCGCAGCCCUAGAAAACAAAAGUCUCACAGAGAUCCCAGCAAAAAAGCCAAAAAAGUCAAAAAGCUGCGAAACAAUAGCCGCUAUCCGAGCAACCCCUACGACUUUAGUCAACUCGCCGAGACCGACGAGAGAGAGCACGAAGCAGAAGCCCAUCCCAAAGCCUACCGUCAACGAGAGAAAGAAGCCGAGGAUCACGAGACCAGCGACGAGCAGCCAACGAGACAUUCCAACGACAAAGAGACAAAUUACUCUCCAGAAAGCUACCACUACUAUCCCAGCAGUUACGAAGCUGCCGACUCUCGGGACGACGAGUCCGAGGAGCUUCCAGCUCCGACUCACAGCGUCAAAUCCAGCUCCGGAGGCUGCAAGACUGUUCACAGAAAGGGCGAGGUCUGUCAGCUCUGUACCGAUCCGAAAACCGGCGGUCAAUCGGAAAACUGCCAAUACGCCUACGAACCCAAGGACAAGGCUUACAAGUACAGCAAGUCCAAGUCGUUCGGCUACCCGACCGACGACAAAAAAGCCGACAGAUCCAGUAGCGCCAGUGGCGAGGACUACAGUUACGCCGGAGAACCGUCGACCCUGGAUUACAUAAAAACGGAAUCGGAAAGAAUUUCCAAACAAGUCAAAGGCCACGGCGACUGUCGGAAGGUCCGCAGAGACUCGAUGAUUUGCACGAUCUGCAAAGAUGCCAAGACCGGCGGCAAUUACGAGCAGUGUAAUUACGCCUACGAGCCCGACGACAAAGUGUACGCCUAUUCCAAGAGCAAACAUUUCGGUAAUCCGACGAAAUCGAGGCAGAGCGACGAUCGCAGCGGCGACGACGACGACGACGACGAAGUCGACGACAACGGCGGAGAAACGAGCGAGGAACAGCCCGAAGCAACCAAUGGAUUGCCGGCCGUCUAUCCCACGGGGACGUCUCCUUUGGAUUACAUUCCCAAGGCCAGCGAAAGUAAGCUGAGCAAAGCUUACGUUCUCAAGGAUCCUAAUCAUCGGGAUAAGACAAAAAGCAAGAACAGCACGCAGUCGAAAGAGAAGGAGUACGAUAACGAGGACGAACACGGUCACGAUCACGAUCACGAAGACGAAAGCCAUUACGAUACCAGUGCUUUUAUCGACUCGGGUUACCAAGACGCCAGCCAGCGUCGGGCCGAAAUGGAAAAGAUCGUCAAGGAUAUCGGCGACAAAGACAAGUCCAAGUGCAGCAAACACGAGCGCGGCCCCAUGACAUGUUACAGCUGCAAAGACGAGCGUGGCGCCGUCGACGAGGAGUGCGUCUACGUGACCGAUCACGCGGCAUCGACGUCGUCGACACCGCCACCCGACGCAAUCGUCGUCCCGACGGACGGCUCGACCACGAUGAAGACUCGAGUCAAGAGGACGACCGCCAAAGACGACGAGGACGGGGAUCCGCCGGCCGCAGCCAAAGACAAGCACGAGGAGCUGGAGGUGCUCAGCGAGGAGCUGGACGAGGCCGAGCCCUACGAUUACGUGGCCGAGACGAGGCCCGUUUACGACAAGGUCCUGGGCAUAACGUUGCCGGCCUACAUGCUGCUCAAGUCGCCCCAAGAAAAGGAGUUUGACCAAGCCGUCGAGAACGCACGAUUCUGAUUCCGUGCGUUAUUAUUACGAGGCCGCAUUCAAAAUACGAAUUCGCUUUGUGUCGCGCGUACGUUUUAUUUUGGUUUAUGCCGGACACUCUGUUUCAUUCUCAUUCAUUUUAGUCGUGCAUUAUGUAUCGCUUACUGUACAUUGUAUUUCGAGAUAAAAAGAGCCCGUGCGGCAACGAAUUAAAGCAAUAUGUGUAUACGCGAGAAAGACUCGCUUGGACGCGGCCGACACGAUUAUAGCCACGGAGCGUGUCUCAUCGAUUAUAAAUUUGUAUC